AAUGAUAAUGUCAGAAUGUCACCUUGACAUAUGAUAUGUAUGCGAUGGGAUCAUGAGAACGUGACGGAAUUGAUAGCAAUAAUUUUGUCGUUCUUAAUUUAUUUUACUGUUAACUAUGUAAAUUGAAUUAUCGCUAGUAUCCAUUAGACGAUAUGCACGUGUCUAUCGUGCAGCGCGGGCUGUAGCGAUGGACGACGGGGGUAUGAACCACUACGAGCAACAGCUGUACACAGUGUUCAAAACGUUCGACGUAGAUAACGCGGAGGCGCUGGACCGCGCGGCCGUGCUGCAGCUGUGUGACGCGUUGCAGCUCGAGGGCCGCGGCGCCGCGCUGGUGGAGUCGCUGUUCGAGCGCCGCGCCGAACGCGUCACCUUCGCCACCUUCCGCAACGGCCUGCUCGGCGUGCUCGGCGCCGAGCCCGCGCCCGAGCCCAGCGACGACGACUCCUCCGGCCGAGAGGUGGCGCCCAAGUUCGUGUUCGGCUCCAAGAAGUACGGGCGCCGCUCGCGGCCGGCUCGCGCCGACGACGCCGCCGCCGCGCCGCGCGCCGCCUCCGCCUCGCGCCUCGACGCCGACGCCGGCGCUCGGCCCCGCAUGCGCUACAAGCGCAGCGCCUCCGCCAUGGAGGCCCGCACUCCUCCACCGGAUCUGCUCGACCACGAGCGGCGCAUAGACCGCGCGCAGGCUGCCGCGCUGUGCCGCGACCUUCACAUGGACGCGAUCGAUCCACGCCUCGUGGACCGCAUCUUUGACGACGCGCCCGCGGAGGAGACGACCGUCGGCGAAUUCUUUGAUCGGCUUAAUGCGGCUCUGACGCCGCUAGCUGCGGGCGAGGGUACCGCGCAGCCUGCCAUACUGCCACCCGAUCCGCCUGACGGAGAAGACGACGCGGAGGGUGCGGUGGCGGGCGAGGCGAUCGCCGAUGUCUGGGAGCGCGCUGGCGUGCGCCGUCCACGCCGGCUCCUAGCCGAGCUCGGGUUCACCGCCACUACUUUGAAUCCUGCCGAGUUGGAACGUGCGUUAGAUGACGAACUACGCGCGUUGCCGGCGCGUGAGGAGCGCGACGCGCGACCGAUACUACAACAAGCGGCGCUGGCCCUCAGCCGCCUCCGACGCGCCAGCGCUCGCGCGCGCGCCACCGCCGCCGUCGCCGAGCGCGACAAGCUCCGCGCCGACCUCGCCGAGGCCAAUCGACGCGCGCAGCUCCUCGCCCAAGACGUAGAUGAAAACCAUGCUCGGUUAGAAGCGGAGCGACAGGCGGCACUUCGCCUGUUAGAAGCACGGCAUGCGGAGACCACGCGCGCCGUCAGCAACGAGGCUGCCGCGGAGCGAGAGCGAGCCGCGACGAUACGCGCCGAACUAGAAGCCGAAGUGGCGCGACGUGGAGAUGUAGAGGCGAAGCUGCGUGCGGAGUUAACGGUGCUGCGGCUGCGAUCAGAACAGCUGGAGCGACGUGUGAGCGCAGCGGAAGAAAGAGCUACCGUAGCAGAACGCGAGCGAGCGCGGAUGGAAGAGGAGGCACGCGAGGCAGCGGCACAAGCCGGACGGGAGGUGGAAGAGCGUCGUGUAGCCAGCGAGGCGCUGGAGCGACAAGUGCUGGAGCUGCGCGAGGAGUGCUCGCUGCUGCGGGACCGCGCGGACGAGCUGCAGGCCGGGCUGGAGGCGCGCCGCGACGCCGCGCCGCCGCCCGCCGCCGCCACCUCGUGGCGCGACGAGGCCGAGCUCGCCGCCGACGCCGCCGCCGCACUCGACAGGAUCGAAGAUUGCGACUCGUCGCCGCCCAGCAUCGAGCGCCUAGUCUUCCAAGCGGACGCCGCCCGCCGCCUCCGAUCAAUCGCAGACUCGUUAUCACCAGAGUGUACGCGUUGCGAGGCCGCAGCGGCGGCGUUGCGGGAGUUGAGCGACUCGCCGGCGGCGCGGGGACUUAGUGAAGUAACAACGGCGCGGGGGCUAAAUGAAUCGACGGCGGCGCGGGGGUUAAGCGAGUCAGUUGAAGCCGCUGUGCAGACAGAGGAAAGUGAUGAAGGAAAGCGCAUUGAAGAGCUUCAGAAGAAACAUGAGGCGGAGAAGAGUGACCUGAAUAAUUUGAUCGCCGAGUUAGAAGCCAGCGUGGAGGCUAUCCGUGAAGAAUACGAGCGCUGCGAGGAGUACUGGGCCGGCAAGUUAGCGGACGAACGAUCACUGGCCGCCGACGAGGCGGCGGCCAGUGACGCUCGCUUGAGCGAGCUACUCGCACGAGUGGCGGAGUAUGAGGCACAGUUCAAGCCGAGGUUACCCGCGCUGCAUGAGAGCGAGUUGGAGCCGCAAUACGAGCAGCUGGUACAGGAGUUCGAAACGUUCAAAAUAGAAGCGGCUCGGGCGCUGGCGGACGCGCGCGCCGACGCCGACAAAACGCGCGAGGAGCUAGAAAAGGCGAGAACGGCGCCUACACCCCCUUGUAGUUGUCGACAGAAAACCCCGCUGGCAACGCGGCCUGCUUCAGACGGCGACCAGCGUUUAGUGAGUUCGCAUCCAACGGGGUUAGGUGACAUGUCGCGGCGCAGCGUAUCGGCGGGUGCACUGACGCACGCCGCGCCCCACGGCGGUGGCGGCGGCGGCGGCGGGGUCGGUGUCGGCGGUGGCGGCGUUGUCGUCGGCGGCGGCGGCGUCUAUGUCGGCGGCGGCGUGGAUGUCGGCGACGCGCCGUCUGCGCACGACGCGAGGACGGCGCGCGAACCGCAGCCGCACCCGCCGGGCACCUGCUCGUGCGCGGCGCUGGCGGCGGCGUGGCGGCGCGCGGCGGCGACGGGCGCCGGGCUGCGCGCGCGCGCCGCGCACGCCGAGCGCGCCGCCGCGCGGCUGCUGGCGCGCCUGCACGCCGCCGACGCGCUCGUCGCCGAGCUGUACAGGGAGAACUGUCAGCUGCAGCACCAUGCGCGGCCCGAGCCCAGGUUCCUGUGACGGAGGUAUUGUGCAUCGUUCGCAGUUUACUAACUAUUCCUGAACCAUAUAAGAACGUCCCUGUCCCUGUCCCUGUCCCUGUCCCUGUCGGUCCGGGCGCGCCGCCGCGAUAUUAUUGGCGCGCCCGCGAGCCCCCGGGGCGCUACGAGCGAAGUUGCAUAGAUUAAACUGCCGGCUGCGGCCCCGGGCGCACUCCGAGCCCGGAUCCCUGUGACGGAGGUGCGAGGCGGAAUGAAAAGACAGGGGUAGGUACGGGUCGGUUCGGCCCGCCGACUCCGUUCAAAACGACCGAGAACCUGACGUAAAUAUGCGGGAGCGAUAAGAAAGUAAAUAUCGAAAUUUCAUAACGCCCCGGUCGGUCCGAUAUUUCCUAGAUAUUGACUGCUAAAAUAAACUGAGGUAGCUUCACACGAAAAUUCAAUAUACUCGAUUAAAAUAAACAUCAUGGAACGUAGAAUUUUAUUCAGUCGUCAUAAAUUUUUCAAUCUAGGUAUACUUCAACGAUUUAACUAUAGUUCUUUCUUUUAUGCUAAUCCCGGGUGGCUAACCGACUCUAGUAAGAGGGAAUUAAAAUCAUAGAAAACUACAGUAAAUAGUUAAAAUUAUAGUAAAUUUUUGGUGUUUUGUUGCCGCAUUUACCUAGGCGAGAGGUUUGAGAUGAAAAAAUUGUGUUACGAAUAUUAUGAUUAUGUGACUUCAUUCCGAAUUAAAAUAAGAAACUAUAUAAAUGGAUCCUGCGUCGACUGUGUGUGACUGUGUCUAAAAUGAUGCCAUAUUUAUAUCAUUAAUUUAUUGUCCACAAAACCAUUAAGUUUUUAAAGUUCAUAUUCUAUUUACAAAUCGACGAAGAAACGUUUGUAAAUACUAUAAAUGUAUUUUAAAUUACCUUCCCAAAUUGCAUCUUGUGAGAAUCAAAAUGUAAUAUUUGAUUAAAGAUUAUUAACGAACUGCUUAUUAUACCUAUACCUAUUAGGUAUUACCGAACUAUAUAAGUACCUCUAUAUAAUUAUAUUGAGACUUUUUAGGUACAAAAGACUUCAGAUUGAAAUAAAAACAAUUAUAUUCAAAACUGUCGAAACGGAUACUUUGAGAAAUGUUUCUUUGAUAAUGUAUUGUCAAAAAUUUAUUUAUAGCGAAAUUUCAUUUCACUGUAGAUGUACGUCAUAUCGACGACGUGUGCAUUUCUAUUGUGAUUAAUAGAGUUAGACCAAGAUAAGUCUGAAACGAUGUUGAUAGCACACGCAGUGCAUUAUUUUAAACGUCAAACUUGUAUGAAAUUAUGACGUUUAAAUAACACUAUGCACUGCGUGUAACUCUACUGACUAUCUCGAGUUUUGUCAGAAUAUUUUGCCAUAAUUUAUUUUCCUGUAUGUUAACCCGAAAUUAUUGUUUAUAUUCAUGUUAUACUUGCCGUCAGUUUUGACCAACAUUUUAAAUGUAAAUAAAAUAUGCAGGGUCGCUGCUACAGUCCACUGCAAUAGUAAUAUUUUGUACAACAAGCGCUCAAAAUUAUCUGACAAGCUCUUAUAACUAUACAAAAAAUGACAGUAUUUUGGUGCGCUUCGAUAUGCAAAAAUGGCCUUAACCUGAUUCAGCAUUAGAAUAGGUAUAGUCGACUGACAUUUAUACAGAAUACUGAACAUUCUUAUGAUUGUGUAAUUUAUGUAGGUAUACCUACUAUAAGUUUAUAUUAAUAUGCUUGAAUUCCUUCCUAAAGGUGUGAACUGUUAUAGAUAGGUACCUAAACAUAAUAGGAUUUAUUUAUUGACUGUAAAUCUUUAUUACUUAUGUUUAAAAAUAAUUAAUACGUGCCCGAAUCCAUUAAGUUCACUUUAAAAUUCUCGUAUUGUACAGCGUACUACAUAUAGUGUGUUUUAUACAGAUUUAACAGAAUGUAAACAAAUUACACCACGUAACAAUAAUACCAUAUAUAGUUAACGCUAUCUCUACUGAGCUCGUUCACUUACCUGUACUAACAAUGGCAUUAUGUUAAACAAAAGCCAUUAUUUCUUUUGUGUGCGCGCGUAGCCUUUGUGCCUGCGCGCGUGGCCAAUUGUGCGUUAGCCUCAGGCACAACGGCCACGCGCUCACACAAAAGAAAUAAUGGCUUUUGUUUAACAGAAUGCCAUUGUUAGUACAGGUAAGUGAACGAGCUCAGUAGAGAUAUAACUAUACUUAUACUGUAAUUUGCUCAACAUUGCCUACCAGGCCAAACAUUGCCUGGCAUGAAACAGUGAUAUUCUACUAAACUAAACAGCUGUCUAUAUCAAAUUUGAGUUUCGUGCAGUUUAAUAAUAUAACAUAUAUAAUUAUAAUGAUGUAGGUGUGUGACGCACGCCGAUAGUGCCUUUUUUGUCGAAGACGGCGCCGACGUAAUAUAUAGGUUUUCCAUUUAAAUGUUAAAUUAUAUAUAUGGAUCAUAUACAAAUUUUAGUUUCUAAUUUGUCUUAUCGAUCUCCAAAAGUUAAGAACAUUGGUUCACAAUUUUUUUACAGCCCAAAACUAUAUACCUACCUAACGACUUUUUGUAGGCGAUAUAAGCCAUAAAAUAUAAAUUUGGCCCAUUAUUUUUGAUGUGUUGUUGAUGCAACCUGCACCUAGGAAUUGUUGUCAAGUCAUACGAACGUGUAUAGUUGUGUGGGUGUAUGUGUGUGAUUAUAUUUAUUACAUGGCUUACUCAGAAACGCUACUAUAUUUAAUAGAAUAAACAAUACCAGAUACCAGCGUCGUCUCUGGUUCCAUCAACUUGUUUUAUGCCGCAGUCAGUGGUGACUUCCUACAAAAGGGGGGCAAUAACUGUAAGGGCCAAUUAUUGGGUAGUUUACCCUAUCUCCCCCAGUUGAAAAAUGCAUUUCUAAGUAAGCCACGUUUUAACGUUUUGGCACGAUUCGAUUGUGAGUCAACGUGAUGCAAAUUGGACGAAUUAUAUAUAUUAUUACGACACAUUUUGUUUAAAUGUUUAUUGUAGAUAUUUAUAUACUAAAGAACCAUCCCGCAUGGGGCUAACGUGACUAUACUUAUCUCAUUCCCUCUCGAGCGAGAGGUACUUACUAGCUGUGCACUGCACGUAUAGGCUGAACAUGAGAAUUUAGUCAAGUAGAUAGGGAGUUUGUAAUUGUAAGACUAAUAGUGUAAUAAAAAAUAUUACACACUAAAGAUAUAAAAACAGGGCACUGUGUGGAAAUUUAAACCAAAGUACCCGUUUUGAUUGCUCUUAUUGCUCUUAAGUGUGUUAAUUAAGUUGUCAACAACAAGCAGCUUUGUCAUUCAAAUGCACGGGCAAAACAUUCACAUAUUGUACAUAAUUUUAUCCAGUUACAAAAACGUCAAUUACGAUAUUGCCUCAUAAAAAAGGCCUUAAGAUGAAAGGAUAUGACCGCUUCUCCAUACAAACGUGCCCCUUUUCGUUUGAUUUUUAUAUUAUUAUAAGAGUUAGGAGUAAAAAACAAAUUCCAUACAAAUUUUUAUAUGCUCCUAACUCUUAUAAUGAUAAACAUUCGACCGGAACAGUCGUCCAAUUUUGACUUAACCCGACAGAUAGAAAUACUUUAAAUAAAUUUAAUUUACAUUUAUGCAACUGGAAACCUUUGUUAUCCACAUUUGUAAAUUAUUGUUGACAGAUUUGAUUAUUUGAAAUUUUAUUAUAUGUAUCCUUAUGACGUUUUUAUUUGGUUUUACAGAGUUAGACCAAGAUGAGUCUGCAACGGUUUUGAUAGCACACGCAAUGCAAUGCAAGUGUUAUUAUAAAACGUCAAACUUCUAUGAAUUUAUGACGUAUAAAUAACACUUGCACUGCGUAACUAUGCAUGCUAUCAACAUCGUUGCAGAAUUUUCUUGUUCUAACCCAAGUAGCGACGUCAUAAUGACGUAACAAUGACGUCAUUAUGACGCCAUAAAGACGUCGCUGACGUAUAAAUGCUACCUGGGAACUCUAGUCAUUUGGCCACACAAAUUUAUCAAUGCUAACCGUCAUUUUAUCGCAUUUUUGUACGAGUAAGUGUAUAAAUGUGCUACCUUUGUACGAGUUAGCAUUGUACCAAGUGUAUUCGCUUUACCCAGUGUGUUCCAUAUAUGGACCGAAGUCUGCCGACAGCGGUGCCCGCAUUGCUUUGUUUCAUGCUCAAUAACACCAUUUCCUCUUGAUUUGACAUCCGCAUAGGAUAGGUACAUUUUAUGUCAAUAUUUUGACGCCGAUACAGUGGAGAAAAUUUAUUUUUGUAAAGGUAGAAAAUUCUGAUUAAUUCUACCUGAUAUCACCAAAUUAGUACAGGAUAUCUUUAGGUACUUAUUUAUUUUAAAAUAUAUAUUUAAAAAAAUUUUUGAGAUUCUGAACUCUUUCAAAGAUUUAAUUUUUUUAAGGAUUUGGAAACGUUUAAAUUAGAAGAAGAGCAUGUGUGCAUUUUGGACAUGAGUAGAUUUGUUUUUGUUACACUCGUAUGUAUGAUAUUGACUAUACCUAUCGCUUGUCUACACGACUACGGUAAAGUUAACGCUUUCAUCUUUUGUCGGUAUAUUUAUUGUAAAGACGUAGGUACAAUCAAAUGGGCUGGUAACAUAUGCAAUGUAACGGCACUGAGCCUAUUCCACUAUCGCCAAAUCGUAUAUUAUAUUGAAUUGAUAACUUAAAUAACUAUGUACGAGUGAUUGGUAGUCAAGUGUGCUAUUGUUAGAAAUCGAAUAUAUCAUUUUUAAUCCCGCAUAAAUUAAUUUAGUGACCUUAUAUAACUGCUAAAUUGUGGUUUGGGAUAAUUAAUAAUAAAAUCCCUACCUAAAUAUUUUAUACUGGUGAAGACCGUCUACCGUGAGUUGAGUUUAAACACAUACACUGGUCGGUAGAGCAGAAGGCGCGGCGCAAAGCUCUUCUUUUCCGACUGUGUCUGGGCGAUGUACGUAUACAAAUAGUUCUUGCCCUAUGACGGUCGUCCCAACCAAAUCUUGUAUAUGCCGGUAUUACCCACAUUGACCUUAAUUAUAUACCUACUUGUGCAAGGUCACGCCGCCGCCGAGCUAAAUUCAUCGGCGCGUCGCCGUCGUGAAAUUAAAGGUUGGCGCCUAUGUCUAAUACUGUCUCUCUGGUCAGUAACAGGGUUCCAUAUGUCUACUUAUCAUAUAUGUAUUUUUAAAUUUGUAUCAGAGAAAAUCACACUAGGUCAAACGAUUUUCGGCCAAAUGUAAGGAGUUCUAGACCACGUUUUAUGAAGCUAAUCUUCAAAUUUGUUAUUUGCCUCUCUUUCUUACAAUCAAAUUUAUUUAGAUUGAGAGGCAAACAGCGAACUUGAAACUUUAGAAACGUAGUAAACUUGAAACGUAGCUCUAAUCCAAUGCAUAUACGAAUAAGGAGUUAGUGGAGUGGUAGCAAAGUCCGAGGCGUCCCUCCCUCUCGUACAUAUCAUUACGUUGUUAUGUGAAAUUGACUGUGUGACGCAGUAUGUGAAUAAAAUGUUGAACUAA